GGAGUCGUCGUCAAGACCCUCAAGCACAGCUCUGUUGCCGUGGGAGACAGCAUCUACGUGUACGGAGGCAUUGUGGGAGGAAUCUAACCGACGAUCUGAUGGUUUUCAACACAGUGUCUCUCACCUGGACACCUGUUAAAACUAACGGCUCACUGCCUCCUGCCUUGUGUGAUCAGAGUUUCGCUCUGGUUGGAGAUCAGCUGUUCAUGUUCGGAGGUCAUGAUGCAGGUGGAGACUUCUGUAAAGACCUCCAUGUUCUCAGCACAGAGAACUUGGUGUGGCAGAAAUGGGAGGUGAAAGGAGAAUCACCUGCAGCCUGUAGAGGACAAACACUGACUGCACACCAUGAUAAAGAUAUCUAUCUAUUUGGUGGUAAAAGCACAAACGAAGACGGCACAGAGUCAUCUUUAAAUGAAAUCCACAAACUCAGUAUAGCUAAGAUGAAGUGGAAGGUUCCUUUGUACGUCGGGAUUCCUCCUGCCCGUCGGUACGGACACACCGCCUUCAUCCUUCACAGCCACCUGUUUGUGUUUGGAGGGAAGAAUGAAGAGCAGGAGUUUAAUGACCUGAAGGGGAUGAAACUCAUCAACCCCUCAGAGAGACAACCAGCUUCACCCCCACAAAGGUUCCCAACGUUCGCUACGAGCUGAACGAGUCUGCUCCACCCAACCAGUCCAGAAACACACCGGCUGACGCACAGGUGUGUGUUCACAGAGACUUCAGUACGGUUCGAGAUCAGGCGAUGAAAAUGAUCCAGACAGCGUUCUCUCUGCUGGACCAGGAGUUUCAGAAACUCGACAGGGAAAAAUCUGAUUUGUCUAAAGCUGCUGCUGCUCUGCAGA